AUGACAUGGGGAGGAGGUCUGGAGAAGCAGGAGCAGGAGCAGGAGCAGCAGGAGCAGCAGGAGCAGCAGGAGCAGCAGGAGCAGCAGGAGCAGCAGGAGCAGCAGCAGCAGGAGCAGCAGCAGCAGCAGCAGCAGCAGCAGCAGGAGCAGCAGCAGCAGCAGCAGGAGCAGAGUCAUGGUUAUGCCGAGGUCGUCGAUGCCAAUCAGCCGCCGAACGGGAUGAUAUCUCUUACCAUGCGGCUGAAUGGAGGAGUUUCAGGGAAGCGGAGGAAAUGCUCAGCCCUCAGAAGGGGAGGAUCAGUGAGAAAGCGAGAGAAGUUUCUGAUGAGGAAGAAGGAGGAACGAAUCCGAAUGAUGAAGAAGUUGAAUGGAGGCAAAGAUGACAAGUCUGAAUCUGCUGAAGACCUUCCAGACGAUAUGAUUCCAGGUCCUUUGAAGGAUCUUGCAGCUUUUAAAGUGAUGAAGAAGAGAAGCUCGGUCACAGCUGGAGCAGGAGCCAAGACGAAGAAGGUCAACAGGAGGAGGGAGUAUUGA